AUGUCUGAGCCCGGUCCUGCCCCAGCAGACGCAUCGCAGAGCAAAGCCGGUGCGAAGGACGCAAAGAAGGCGGAGAAACUGGCAAAAUUCAAUGCAAAAGCCGCAGUAAAGGCAGCAGCAGCAUCUACAUCUGAGAGCAAGGAUGGGAAGAAGGAAAAGGCCGCGCCUGCAAAGGCGAAGAAGGCAGACGAGCCAGAGUUUGUGAACACGACGCCGGCAGGAGAAAAGAAGGACAUGUCGCAACCCAUGGCCAACGGCUACAAUCCCAUCGCCGUCGAAUCUGCUUGGUACGAUUGGUGGGAUGCGCAGGGCUACUUUAAGCCAGAGUUGAAUCCAGAGACUGGAAAAGCAAAGGAGGAGGGUCUCUUUGUCAUUCCCGCACCUCCACCAAAUGUCACUGGAAGUCUGCACAUCGGUCACGGUCUCACAGUGGCCAUUCAAGACACGCUCGUGCGAUGGAAUCGUAUGCUUGGAAAGACGACACUCUUCGUUCCAGGCUUUGAUCAUGCCGGUAUCUCGACUCAGGCCGUCGUCGAGGGCCGCAUCUGGAAACUCGAGGGCAAGACACGCCAUGACUAUGGAAGAGAAGCCUUUUUAGAAAAGGUCUGGGCUUGGAAAGACGAGUAUCAAGCGCGUAUCGGGAAACAGCUUCGUCGACUGGGAGGAAGCUACGACUGGUCUCGAGCCGUAUUCACCAUGGAUGAACCACGAUCCAAAGCCGUGACUGAAAAUUUCUGCAAGCUGUACGAAGAAGGCAUCAUCUUCCGAGCGAACCGCCUUGUCAACUGGUGUGUGCACCUCAACACGACCCUCUCCAACCUCGAGCUUGACAAGAUUGAAUGCACGGGGAAAAAAUGGGUCAAAGUGCCAGGAUACGAAAAGCCAGUCAUGUUCGGUGUUAUCACAUCGUUUGCUUAUCCUAUUGAGGGAUCAGACGAAAAGAUUAUCAUCGCCACUACUCGUCCGGAGACUAUGCUGGGAGAUACAGCCGUUGCUGUCCACCCAGAAGAUCCUCGGUACAAGCACCUCCACGGCAAGUUUAUCAAGCACCCAUUCAUCCCUGACCGCAAGAUUCCUAUUAUUCUGGAUGACAUUGUCGUCGACAUGUCAUUUGGAACCGGUGCCGUGAAGAUUACCCCUGCGCACGACCCGAACGAUUACGCUUGUGGUGUACGCAACAAGCUCGAAUUCAUCAACAUUCUCAACGACGAUGGGACACUUAAUGAGAAUGCAGGAGAGAAAUUCAAGGGAAUGAAACGAUUCGAUGCCCGUGGUGCUGUCAUUGAAGCGCUUAAAGAGCUCGGUCUGUUUGUGGAGACCAAGGAUAACCCAAUGGUUAUCUCGAUCUGCACGAAAUCAAAGGAUAUCAUCGAACCUAUCCUCAAACCGCAGUGGUGGGUUAACAGCAAGCCUCUGGCAGAGGAAGCUCUCGCACGAACAAGGGCUGGCGAAUUGACAAUUAUCCCCAAAACAUCUGAAGCAGAAUGGUAUUCUUGGCUCGGUAACAUUCAAGACUGGUGCAUUUCGAGACAGCUUUGGUGGGGUCAUCGUGUUCCUGCGUACCUACUCUGCAUCGAAGGCGAACCCAAGCCAGAUUCUGCUGAUUCGAAGAGCUGGAUUGUCGGUCGAACGAUGGAGGAGGUGACUGAAAGGGCUGAUAAAGUCGCUGCGGGACGCAAGUACACGCUCGAGCAAGAUGAGGAUGUUCUCGACACAUGGUUCUCCUCCGCCUUGUGGCCAUUUUCUAUCAUGGGGUGGCCAGAGAAGACACCAGACUACGAGACCUUUUACCCGUGCACUGUUCUGGAGACCGGGUGGGAUAUUCUCUUCUUCUGGGUCGCACGAAUGGUCAUGCUCGGUCUCAAGUUGACGGACAAGAUGCCGUUUGAAGAGGUCAUUUGCCAUGCAAUGAUUCGUGAUGCGCAUGGACGCAAGAUGAGCAAGUCUCUAGGCAAUGUCAUCGAUCCGGUAGACGUGAUUGAAGGAACGACGCUAGAAAAGCUCCACGAGCAGCUUCUGGCAGGGAACUUGCCACCUCACGAGAUUGAGAUGGCGAAGAAGGGCCAAAAGGCUGACUUCCCGAGGGGUAUCCCGCAAUGUGGUACGGAUGCACUCCGCUUUGCGCUGUGCGCAUACUCUUCCGGAGGACGCGAUAUCAAUCUGGAAAUCAAUCGUGUCGAGGGCUACCGCAAGUUUUGCAACAAGAUAUGGAACGCAACCAAGUUUGCAAUGCUCAAGCUUGACAACGAAUUCGUACCUCCAGCGACGCUUCAGUUGUGCGGAAAAGAGACCCUUGUGGAGCGCUGGGUGUACCACAAAUUAAAUCAGGCUACUACGGAGCUUAACAAGGCGCUGUCCGAGCGAAACUUUAUGGCAGCUACGAGCGCAGCAUACUCCUUUUGGUUAUACGAACUCUGUGAUGUGUACAUCGAAGCGGCGAAACCGCUCACAGACAAUGAGGCUACUCGUAAAUCUGCUCAAGAUACCCUUUACAACUGCUUGGAUUACGGGUUGAAGCUACUUCAUCCUUUUAUGCCAUUUGUCACCGAAGAGCUUUGGCAGAGACUACCACGUCGACCAGGAGACUCGACGCCUUCUAUCAUGCUAUCCAACCUUGUCGAUCAAGCGGCUGAAGAUGAUUUUGCGCUCGUAUUCAAUGCCACUCGCAGCAUUCGUUCACUAGCGUCGCAAUACAACCUCCAGAAAGAUGUCGAUGCUUAUAUCCGUGCGUCUUCGGAUAAGGAGGCAAAUAUUUUGUCGAGUGAAUUGGAGACGAUCAAGGCGCUAGCAAAACUUGUGAAGAGUCUCAAGGUUGUCCGCAAUACUCAAGAUGUCCCGGCAGGAUGUGGCUCUGCCGUCCUUACGACUGAUAGCUCGAUUCAUCUCGAUGUUCUAGGUAACCCUGACAUUGACCUGGACGUCGAGAUCAAAAAGGCGGAAGAGAAGCUUGCGGCCGUCAAUCUCAAUGCGGACAAGCUCAAAAAGGUCCAAGAGAAACCUGACUACGAGAAGACUCCUGUGGCCGUUCGGGAAGCCAAUGCGGAAAAGCUGCGACUGAUAGAAGCAGAGCAAGCGAAUCUUCAACUCACAAGGGACCUUUUCACCUCGUUGAAAAGUGGUAAAUAG